UGUGAAACUAAUAACGUCACACAUUACAGGGGGAAGUCAUUGCCACAUCAGCUUCUGAAAACUCAAUGCAUGUUCAGUGACAGAAAAGGUAAGGGAGAGAGAAGCGAAAAUAAAGCCAGCUGUAGAAACGAAUCUUGGCGGGCUUACAGUAUUUAAUAACACAGCACGGUAGACAGUCAGGACAAAGCAGAUUAUUAUUAAGGGGAAACAAAUAUACUUUUUUUUUUUUUAAAUUAAGCACUGGAAGAUGUUACAGUCUCUAGCCAGUAACUCGUAUGUACGGCUGAUACAAAGCAAUAAAUCGACAUGGUAUUUUUUUUUUCUGGUCCUCGGCUAUGUACUGUAUUUAAUCUUCGGGGCCGUAGUUUUCUCCUCGGUCGAGCUGCCUUAUGAGGACCUGCUCAGGCAGGACCUGAGGAACGUGAAGAGGCAGUUUUUGCAGGAGAACGAAUGCCUGUCAGAAGAGAGGCUCGAGGAGUUCUUGUCGAAGGUACUGGAGGCCAGCAACUACGGGGUCUCGGUGCUGAACAACGCGACAGCUAACUGGAACUGGGACUUCACCUCGGCUUUGUUCUUUGCUAGCACUGUCCUGUCCACUACAGGUUAUGGCCACACAGUCCCCCUCUCAGAUGGAGGAAAAGCCUUCUGUAUAAUUUACUCUGUGAUCGGGAUCCCUUUCACGCUCCUGUUUCUCACGGCUGUGGUGCAGCGGGUCAUGGUGUACGUCACCAGGGCUCCGGUUACGUACAUUCAUACACGCUGGGGUUUUUCAGAGCAGCUGGUUGCUCUGGUCCAUGCUUUGGUACUGGGCCUCAUUACUGCAUCGUGCUUUUUCUUCAUCCCAGCAGCAGCGUUCUCUUCUCUCGAAGAUGACUGGAAUUUCUUGGAGUCUUUCUACUUCUGUUUUAUCUCUCUCAGCACAAUCGGUCUUGGAGACUACGUGCCAGGGGAAGGUUACAAUCAGAAGUUCAGAGAGCUUUAUAAAAUUGGGAUUACAUUUUAUCUAAUGCUGGGUCUAAUUGCGAUAUUGGUAGUUCUGGAGACGUUCUGUGAACUGCAGGAGUUGAAGCGGUUUCGGAAGAUGUUCAUAGUGAAGAAGGAAAAAGCAGAGGACCGCGUCCACAUCAUCAAUCACGAGCACCUUUCAUUCUCCUCCGUCUCCAAUCAAGCUGCUUCCUUGAGGGAAGACAAAUUAAACGAGCCCUUUAUGGAUGUACCACCAUUAACAUGCAGUGCCUCCGAGUUCUCUUCACUGAAUAGAUAGCAUUCCUCUGUAGAAUUAAUGUUCAGCCUGCUGUAUAGUAGUCAUUAUUUUAAUGCCUCUGAAAAAAAAGUCUGUGAACAGGUGGUAAUAACAGUGUCCAUACUUUUAAGGGAGAGGGAAUGUACGAAUGUGAGUGUUUAUCUCAUGUGAAAAGCUUAAUAUCCUGCGCAUUUAUUCUGUAAUAGUAUACUUGAAAUUCUAGCUUUAGAAUAUGUAAGGGAUUUAAGGGAGAAUUAUGUAAUAUUUUAGUAAUUAGAGCUCCAUUCUUUGUGUAUGAUAUGAAAAGGAUAGUUUGUAUUUACAGGGUAAUAUUUGAAGUAACUGUAAUUAGUAUUUUGUUUAUAACAUGCCUAGUAUAGUCUUCAUUCACGUACCUAUGUAAACAUUGGGGUCUAUUCAAGUGAUCCAAAUAAGGGCUGAUCUAAAUAUUGCUGUCCUUAAAUGACUAGAGAAAGGACCGUCCUUGCCGUUUUCAAUAUUUUAUUUUAUCAGACCUGCACUAAACAUACAUGUAUGCACUGUUAGAGGUCUGACUUUCAUAACAGAGGUACACACAUUUCUAAUAUCUCUGUGGUGGUGUUAGAUCCCCCACUGUUAAAUCAGUUGAAUAGAUCCCAGCAUUGAUUCUUUUGCUAAAGAGUUUAAGGGCUGGCCCCUGGUCCUGCCACACUAAAGACAGACUACGCCAAGAGUUUAUUUUUGCUGAUUUAAUGAACAGAGGUAAAUAGUUAUCAAGAAGUACAGUAGCACAAGAAAAGCAAAAUCUUGCAGCAUGUUACUGAAUUGCACCAGUAUUCACUGUAAAAUUAAAUACAUAUUGUAAAAUAUACUUAAAGGGAAAACAUUUAUCCUCAAAACCUAGAAUCUUACAUCGUUAUAGAAAUAAAUAAAGCAUUAGGGUCCUGGUACGUACACUGUGGGCUUAUGUAAAUACAGGCAUCUAAUGCUUUUCGAAUAUGACUUGUUAAGUCUUUAAAAGGGAAUUUAAGCACAGUGUCACAGUGAACUACAGCAUUGCAUUUGCGGCUAUAUCACAAAGCAAUGCAUGUGCUGUUGUGAUUUUACCUUAACAAAAAUAGGAAGUGUUUUUUAAUAAGAACAGUUCAUAUUAGAACUAUAUCAAAUACCUAUAUCUGCAGUUAUCAUGUUAAAAAAUGCAUGAACAUCAUAUCAUUGGAUAAUUAAGUGAAAUUGUCCAAUGAUAGUUACCUUUUUUCUGUCGCUGUUUCUGGACAUAUCUGUUGUAAAGCUGUCCCGUUUCUUAGUGUCAGGUUCUGUUGUAAGCUCGGAAGUCGUUUUCUCUGUCAAGCUUGAACGACUUCAUCGCCUUUAAACAUUUCUGUCAUGGGAGUGACCUAGCACAAGAAUGUUACCACAGAUCAUUGAAAUAAAAAUAAUAUUAACAAGCACUGCUGUAAAAAUGUGUUAUCAUCAGGAGUCGGUAUUUAUUAAAGACACAAAAAAAGGCAUUUAAACACAUUGUACUGAAGGUAAAUUAUAAAAUGAAAAUAAAGUAAAAAUAAAUUGUUGUUUAUUUAUGACAUGUUUAUUUUUAAUGGCGCAUGACAGAUUUGGAGCACAAUCACUGAAUUGUGUUUCUUGUUUCUUAAAAUUCACUGUGAUUUUU